CUAUGGAUUUGUUUCCUUUUUUAAUGACGUGGAUGUCCAGAAGAUAGUAGAAUCACAGAUACAUUUCCAUGGUAAAAAGCUGAAGCUGGGCCCUGCAAUCAGGAAACAAAAAUUAUGUGCUCGUCAUGUGCAGCCAUGUCGUUUGGUAUUUAAUCCUCCUCCUCCACCACAGUUUCGGAAUGUCUGCAGUAAUCCAAAUGCUGAAAAUUACCUGCAGCCCCCAAUAACGCUGAAUCCUGUAACUCAGUACGUUCAGGAAGAAAAAUGUGAUUUCAAAGGUGCUUUGAGCACCCUGGCGUUAGGGAAGAGGAUUAUAACCCUUUUUACAGAAGGAGCUGUGACAUCUGAGCAAUCUGCUGCUGCAAAUUCUGAGACUUCAAACUCAACCAUCUCCAGAGAGGCCAACACCCAGUCUGCAUCAGCUGCAGCUAGCCAAGGCCAUGUUUUACCAGAAGGCAAAAUCAUGCCAAACACUGUUUUUGUUGGUGGAAUUGAUAAUAGG